AUGACCGUAAGACGGAGUCAACGCCUUGAAUCCGUACCAGCUCAAUUGGAUGUGGGCAUGGAAGACAAAAAAAGCAUAGCCCCUCCGACGCCUAUAUCACAGGGAAAGCGUAAACACGACGAAGUCGAAACUUCAGCGGGCGUCGUGGAAGAGGAAGCUUCUCCGCCGAAAGCUCAGAAGACCUACGUUAAAAACGAAGACCAUUGGGCUCUCGACGGCAACUUGUUACUGCAAAUCGGCGACACGCGUUUCAAAGUUCAUCGCAGUCGUUUGGCAAGCGAGUCGUCUUGGUUUCAGCUCCUCGUUGAACGCGCCGCAGGGCGACAGGAAGACGGGUUCGAGGACCAAGAUGAGAUAGAUCCUGUGGUGGAGACGAAAGAGAAGGUUGAUGAUUUGGAUUUAUUCUACGUGGACUGCUCUGGUGGCCCUAGCUCGGAGCAGUUCGCCACAUUAUUGGACGCGAUGAACACAGGAAUCGACUUCGUCUACAAGCGACCAAACAUCGACGCCGUCGAGCAGUUGUACGGGGCAGCUUCGUUCUUCCGCGUUACACGCUACAAUAAUUUCUGCUCCUCAUACCUUACGAUCCGGUUCCCAGAUUCCUGGACACACCUCCUGGGAGCAACUUCUCCUGACGCCGCGAAGGGCAUCAUCCUCGGACGUGCGUAUGGUGAUGCUAUCCUCAGACAUUGCUUCUACGAUUUGGCUCGAUCCGCUCCCCCAGUCGGGACUGCCGACGAAAACAACAACGCAGACGAGUACGACCCCCUCGAAGAACUGGAGGCGAGGGACCUGGUUCGUCUGCUUUUCAUUCAGAAACGCCUCGCCGCUGCCUGGAACGAGAUCACGUACUUGGUGGACCAUAAAUGCGCGGGGACUGCUCCUGGCGAAUGCAAGGUGCAGCAUACUGCGCCCAAGAGCGUCAUCGAUCGUGCAAGAAAGAACUACCCUCUCGACCCCAUUCUGGCCAUCAGGCACUUCAUCGACAUUGUCAAAUGGCCAACCCACAAGUACUGUGAUGGUGCCAUCGCUGCAGUGAGGACAAGCCUUGAGAAGAAGAGGGAAUCGAUCUGGGAGGAUUUAAACAAGUGGAUUGGGUAG